AUGCCUGCGCCGACCGCCGCCAAGAAGGUGGAUGUGCCGGUGGCCCCAGAGGCCCAGCCGAUCUCCCAGGACGAAGUCGAGACGCUUCUCGACGCGGCGGCCGCAGCCAAUACCCUGACGCUGACCGAAAUCCCCGCCGAGACAUCGACGCCGAUCCUGCUCGGCGCCAGCGACCCCGGCAGCGACGACUUUGCGGCCGGCAUGGACAUUGACGAGGAGUCGCGGCCCAAGUUUGCGGCGGCCAAGGACGCCGAGACGGCCGUGCGCCGCGAAGUGCGCAAGAUUCCGAUUCCGCCGCACCGCAUGUCGCCCUUGAAGACGUCGUGGAGCAAGAUGUAG